UAACUACAGACCUCAUCAUCCUCAACAACAUGGCGCCAGCAUACAGCUGGAUCGCACAUACACGCCAGGGCAUUUUUUCACCAAGUUAGUAAACUAACUAAACGCGGCGUCGCGAAGAUUUCUUCUAGUCUUUCUUUAUACUCUAAAUGUAGCAUAGUUAGUUUCUAUCUUUUGAAAGCGAAAAUCGUCAGUUUUUGGUCACCAAACUCACCUGCUUACCCGAAAGAACAGACCGUUCUGAGUCUGAACCGGACUCACGAGCUGUUGCUGUAUUUCAAAUAGUGAGAGCAAAGAGAAGACUGAGAUUACGCAGACGCGGAAAGUAUUUUUUCCCAGAGAAAUAAGCCAUGUAACUGCUCGAAAGUUAAAUUUCUGAGGAGAUGCUUCUAAACAUGAGUGAAAAUAACUGUCCACUAGAAGAAAGGGAUAGAGAGAGACUUCCUCCAAUACUAAGUCAUAGCCUGGAUCGUGGUCCGAAGCUCCCUUUCCCCUCUUACGGAAGCUUCAUCUCCACCCUGAAUCACAAGAGAGUAUCUGGCAGCCACAGUUUUUCCUCACCACUCCUGUUACCGGCAGUUAAAGUGAGAGUGCUUCCCCCAAUAUGUCCAGAUGUGAGACAAAAGCAUCGUAUCUCUAUUGAUGUUCUCCCUCCAGAAGUGAAGGCUCGUUUCGUCUCAGAACCCAUAAUUCCCAUUCGGACCAAAACUGCCAAAGAGUUUCAGGACGAUGUUGAAAGGGCAACUAUCUCAGGGGAUUGGAAGCAAGUCCAUGAAUUCUACUUGACCACAUUUGACUCCUUUUUGGAACUCAAUGCUGCCUUUAAGAAAGAAGCAAAUGCUCCCUUCAAUACGAUUGAAGACUCAGGAAUAAACAUCAAAUUUGUCAACAUUGUUUAUGAUGCCUUGCUCCACAUGCCCCCGGACACACAGAAAUCUGUCCUGAAGGGAAUCAUUAAUAGCUUAUUAAGAGAAUGGAAAGGGCCUCGUACAAAGGAUGACCUUCGAGCGUAUUUUGUUCUUGUGCAGAACCCUCAGUACACCAGCCCAGCCACAUAUGUCAUCUAUGCACACUUACUGAGGCAAAUAGCAGCCCUGGCUGAAGCGGACCACUAUUUCCUGAUGUACUGGUUUAAAAAGCUGCCUCAGAAGCGUUUCAAACAGCUGGUGGAGCGCUUGCAGCUCUUCAUCACAACCCGCCUAUUUCCUGCCAAGCCAGAAGAGUUGCCGCCCAUGGCCAAAUGCUCCUGGUGGAUUCCAUCAGCCACCAAAGUUCUCUCGCUGCUCAAUGCGGCAAACACCAUUUCCUCUUCCCCUAUCGUACCUUUCUCUGAUUUCUACAACCUAACGCUGGACCAUAUUGAUUUUAUGGAGGAAUAUCAGACGUGGCAAGCUCAUGGAAAUUCCAACAGGUUCAGCUUCUGUCAGUUCCCCUUCGUCUUGUCUACGGUGGUGAAGAAGGCCAUCAUCCAGAGAGACUCUGAGCAGCAGAUGAUCAGCAUGGCCAGGCAAACACUGGUGGACAAGGUCUCUCGAAGGCAAAGGGUGGAUAUGAGUCUGCUCUUUCUCAACAUUAAAGUUAGGCGUCUGCAGCUGGUCAGUGACUCACUGGAUGAGCUUUCGAGAAAGCGAGCAGACCUGAAGAAAAAACUGAAAGUGACGUUUGUUGGAGAAGCUGGAUUGGACAUGGGUGGACUAACAAAAGAGUGGUUUCUUCUCCUGAUUCGGCAGAUUUUUCUCACUGAUUAUGGCAUGUUCACAUAUGUAAAGGAGUCCCAGUGUCAUUGGUUCAGCAGCUUGAAAUGUGACAACUACUCUGAGUUUCGAUUGGUUGGAGCCCUCAUGGGCUUGGCUGUGUACAACAGCAUCACACUGGACAUUCGUUUUCCCCCCUGCGUCUACAAGAAGCUGCUGACCCCGCCCAUUGUGCCGUGUGACCUUGACACUCCCGUCGGCAUGGCGACCCUCACCUUGGACGACCUCCAGCAGAUAAUGCCCGACCUUGCUCAUGGACUUGGGGAGCUCCUUAGUUAUGAAGAAAAUGUUGAAGAGGACUUCUUUACCACCUUUCAGGUUUUUCAGGAAGAACUUGGAGUGGUCAAGUCAUAUAACCUGAAACCAGGAGGUGACAAGAUUCCUGUUACCAACCUAAACAGAAAAGAAUACGUUCAGCUCUACAUUGAUUUCCUGCUGAAUAAGUCCAUCUACAGGCAGUUUGCAGCUUUUUAUCAUGGUUUUCACAGUGUAUGUGCCUCCAAUGCCCUGAUGCUCUUGAGGCCAGAGGAGGUUGAGAUCCUGGUUUGUGGAAGUCCUAAUCUAGACAUGAGCUCUCUGCAGCGAGUGGUACAGUAUGAGGGCUACAGCAAGACUGACCCCACCAUCCGGGCCUUCUGGGAUGUGGUCCUUGCCUUUCCUUUGGAAUUACAGAAGAAACUUCUCCACUUUACAACAGGAAGUGACCGUGUUCCUGUGGGAGGAAUGGCUGACCUUAACUUCAAGAUCUCCAAGAUUGAUGUAUCCACUGACUGGCUGCCAGUGUCGCACACAUGCUUCAACCAGAUCUGUCUACCUCCGUACAAGAGCAAGAAAGAACUAAGGCAAAAGUUAACAAUUGCCAUUUCAAAUGCAGAAGGCUUUGGAUUGGAGUAGAUUACAGUUGUCUCAACAUCAGGCUGAUUUCAUGAAAAUUAUAUUAAGUGGCUCCUUAUGCGUAUUGCAGCAGUUCUGAAGUGAAAUGUCUACUGAGUGGCGCUAAAAGCGAGUUUUCCCCAAACAGGUUUUGAAGGUUUAUGCUCGUAUUAAGUUUUAAAUCAACAAAAUCUAAACCAUUAACUUAAACCUAGAUGAUAGUGUUAUAAAAAGCAAAUGUGACAUGAAAGAAGAAAUGCUUAAGCAACCAUGUCAAUUUGUGGUGCUUCUAUGACACUUUUGGCCAUCGUGUUGAGUCACAUGCUCUUCAGGACUCAUUCUCUGCUACUUUACAUCGCUGAACAAACGUGUAAAUGUAGUUGUUCAUGUAAUGCAAACAUUAAAAUGUAUCGCCUAUCAAGUCAUGCACUAUAGUAAAAUGUGUUGAUGUCAUAAGAUAGCAUUGUGUGAGGAACAGGGUGAAAGUAGCUGUUUAUCAUUUCACUAGGAACCUGCCUUGAUAUGUACAAUGAGCCACAGUAAAAUCAUUUAGCAAAACUGUAGCAAUAAAGACCAAGUUGCUCUGUAGAUAUUAGGGUUCCGCACAAUUAAGAAAUGAAUUUGCAUUGAGGUUGCAAACAGGAUGGAGAAUUUUAAUUUGAACUUGAAUUUUUUAAUUAAAAUGUAAUUUAAAGAAAUUCAAGUAACUGCCAUAAGUGUUAUUUUUUAAUAAUAAAUGUAAAUUUUUAUGUAUCCAUUUUUUUAAAUUCUUUAUGUAAAUUAUCUUUCCCCAGAAUGCCAUUAUUGCCUGUGUUGAAUUUCUUUGAAUUGCAAUUCAGUAUCCCAAUUCAACGUCCUUUGGUCAGUUCAGUUCAACCUCUCAUGAACUGAUAUGAUAACCCAAGUUCUCAGUAUGUGUUUGGUGAAAGACAUUUUAAAAUGUGUUAACCAUAUCAGGUAAGCAUGCGGGUUACGCACAGCAAUAAAUAUGUAAGCUCUAGAUGUAAAGUUUCAGAAGUAGCCAAUCAAAAUGAUUGUGUUGCAUUGUGGAUUGUGUGAACUGUGUUGUAUUUUUUUGGUGAACCAGGAUUCUAUGAGGAAUCCAGUUAAGCUGUUUGUAGUCAUUUGGACUCAUCAUUGUUGACUGCUUUGUCUGAGUGAAGGACCAAACAUUUAAUGUUGUAUUAGAAUAGUUGGACUAAAUGAAUAAUAUAGAAUGAUGAUCAUAGAAUUAAUUUUAACUGCAUAUUGCUGACAUAUGAAAUUAAAACUAAAAUGUUAAGGAUUUUAUCUUUAACAUGAGCCUGGUUUUAUGUCCCAUGCACCCCUAUUUAAAUGGUGGUGUAAGUAGGUCAGUAAGGGGCUUGGUCUCAGCUAAAAUAGCUGAGUAAACAGUCUGUCAAACAAGCCCUGCAUUCUUAAAGAAACAGCACUCUGUCUCUCGUGUUACAAGAGCCCCCAGUUAAUAAAAGCUUCUGUGUGAAAAGUUACCGAACACAAAGCAUGUAUUCCAUUUCUGGUUAAGGUAGCUGUUAAUACAUUUGAGAAUUAGAUGUUUGUUCCUGAGCUGAAACAUUGCAGUUUUGUUGAGGAUAGUUUGGUAGUCAUUGACAAUCCUUUCUGUACUGCCUCUCUUGGGCAUGAAGGGAAUAUUGCUAAAGUGAUUGUUGUAAAUUAUUUUUAUGUGUCAGUGAAUGUUGUCAUGUUUGACAGACUGGUAGGCAGCAGUAUUAGACAAAACAAACAAUUAAAGAUUUAUUUAUUUUACGACUCAUGCUCUGUCUUGUGAUAGCAUUAUGAACUAAUCUUCAAGGUUCUUUGGUCAUUCUUGCCUUCUAGCUUGGCUUCUGUUGAUUUCUGCCUUAUCAUUGGUCACUGCCAGGAGGGUUGGAUUAUGUUAUCUGAUUUUUAUUGGACUCAUGCAGUGGCUUCAAUUGUAUUUAUCUCAUCUGUGAACCUGAAUCACUCCAGUGUUCAUGCUAUUGUUUUAUGUUCUUUAAUGACUGAAUACAAAUGUAUUUACCAUGUAUUUAUUUCAAAUUUGCUCAUUUUUUAAAUGAAUAAAGUUAUACAGUACAGUGUUUUUGUUACGCACCAGAGCAUUUAUCCCAUGGACUACAAUAAUUGUUUUAAAGCUUAAGGUUAUUGCCAAAUCCUGAGUGGAAUUUGAGCCACUUUAAAAGUCAUUAGAAGAAUCUGAAGGUCAAAUGAAUAGCUGCAGAUAGCACAACUUGAGUCCGGCUACAUUUUACCUCUUUAUGUUUAAACA